AUGUUCUUAAAAUUAAUUAAGUAUGGACGCGACCCAGAUAUCAAGGUUGAAUGUGUGAACGACGUACGUGUAAUUUUCUCGGGCGAGUUUUGCAUAGGCAGAGGAAAUAAUGAAACCCGUGUUUAUCUUGGACUGAAAAAGGAUGGUUAUGGAAAAGCAGUAAAACGAGUACGUCGAGAUAACUUGUCCAAUGAAGCAGAGAACGAAAUGAAAAUUUUGAAUGAAAGCAAAGCUAAGAAGUCGAGUUAUGUUGUGAAUUAUAACUAUUUAGAAGAAGAUACCGGAACUGAUUAUGUCUAUUUGAUACUUGACCUAUGUGAAGAAUCGCUGGAGAGUUUUGUAAAAUCUUCUACUUUGGAGGAUCUUCAAAAAUCUCUUCCCAAAAUUCUCAAGCAAAUACUAAAAGGAUUAGCUGAUCUUCAUAGCGAACCAAAUCCUAUUCUUCAUCGUGAUUUAAAACCAUCGAAUGUUCUUCGAAAUGCACAAGGACAAUAUCUGAUAGCUGACUUUGGUCUUAGUCGAAUAUUGAAAGACGGCCUUAAGACACAUGUAAGCGAUGCUACUAAGGGAACUCAGGAUUGGAUUGCUCCUGAAUCGUACGUUGUUAAUGAAGAGUCAGUUGAUAAAGCACGAUACAAACCAGAGUCUGAUGUAAUGAAUGCAGGAAUGGUGGCUUAUUAUGUUGCAACAAAAGGGAAACAUCCUUUUGGAGCUCUAAAGUAUAGACUGAAAAACUUGCUAGAUGGAAACCCUGUUGGCUUAAAGGAAAUCAAGGAUGCUUCACUUGAAGAUCUUCUAUUAUGGAUGCUACAGAAAGAACCCAAACUACGACCAAAUGCCAACGAGGCGUUAAAACACCCUUAUCUACAAUCCGAUAAAGAGAAGUUUAACAUGUUGUGUGAUAUGGGGAACCAACCGGAAAUGAUACAAUCACAACGUCAAAGUUCUCUAAAUUCAGAUGUUGUUGCACAAUUGUAUGAUCCCAUGGAAUGGAGGACACGUAUCGAUGAUCAAGUCUUGAAAGCUUUCAAAACCUUUAAAAAGAAUGGCAAAAAGAAAACUCUGACUUACGAGCCUACAUGGGCAAGGUGUUUAAGAUUCAUAAGAAACGUGAAUGAGCAUUGGAACGAUAAACCUCGUACACAUCUGUUGUGUUAUGUCAAGGAAGGCAAAUAUGUAGACUAUUUCUUGCAACGUUUUCCUGAAUUGCCUCUUCUGGUGCACAAAAUCAUAAGGUCGACUGACUGGAAAACAAGAGCUGAUCUUCAGGAACAUUUUACAGCUUAGUCAUACCAACAAUUUUUUAUGUUAAACGAUAUAACCACUGCGACACUAUACAAUGUCCCAAUUUAGUUGUUAUUUUCACUAAAAAGUUUUUUUCGUUUGAUAAUAUUCAAUAUGCAUGUUUUAAGGUUUGAUGUUUCUAUGUGACAUUUUGGAGGUGUUACACUCCUCCCCAAAAAAAAGAUCCCGCCAGCACCACUGUAUGUUGCGUUUAAUGGAGAGCCAAAAAGUUGAAACGUUUUUGCCUAAAUUAAUAAUUUUUUAUACAAGGGUUUUCGUCUCUAUCUCAAACCUCUUUAAUCUCAUAUAUUUGCAUAUAUUGAUUACCGUGAUGUUCAUUUUAUGUAAUAUUUUGUAAACAUUUAAAUAAACGACAACAUUUUUCAA